GGAACUGCAGUUUCCAUCAGCGGUUCAGUUGUGAACUUGUGGUCAACUCCAAAAGAGAGGCGAUCACUUUUGAUGGUCAAGUCUCCCUCUUACUUCUUCUGCUGCCCGCUCGGUUUCCCGGUACCCGAACAGUCGCGACGUCAAAAUGGAUUCGGACAUUCCCGCUGACAAGAUGCAGGAGAUGGAAACGCAGCUCGCCAUGCUGCUCGAGGGCCAGCGACAGACAAUGAAGUUGCUGGACAGGUGCUUCAGUCGCUGCAUUGACGUACCAGGGAAUUCUCUGACCUCGGGCCAGCAGCAGUGCGUCAGCAACUGCACCAAGACCUACUGGCAGGCUUCCAUGUUUUGCACAGAGAGACUGCGGGGUUUGGCUGAGAAGGAGCUCCAGGCACAAGGCAGUGCCUCCGGAUUCUCUCGGUGAAUGCAAUAUUGGCACGCGCGUCAACUGGCGAUUCGCUAGUCCAUCGACGAGCGUACUAUCUCUUGAAUGGAGAUGUCAUCUGUCGACGACAGACCUGCACAAAUAGACAAGCCCCUCUUUCUAUUCCUUUGUUCACGUAAUGCCUUGUAUGUCUAGAUAAUCUCGAGGCGCUGCCGCAUGCGCCUGUUUUUCUGUCUAUCCAGCCAUCUGUCUGACUGUACCUCUUUAUAUAUAUAUAUAUAUAUAU